AUGUCUGGCUACGGGUACGGGCCGCCACCGCCACCGCCCCCAACUUCGAGCUCCUCGGGAGGCUUCGGUCGCGGAGCCGGCUUGCCGCGACGUGGAGGCCCUCAUAAUAGGGGUCGAGGAGGACCAGUGCAUCACAGCGUGCCUCGUCAUGAUCACCAUGCUUCGCAGCCGCGAUACGAGUAUCCGUCGCAACCCUAUCCCCAUCAUCCUCCUGCCGCCGUGAGUUACCCUCAGGCGCCGAAUCCCGGCUAUCCGCAUCAGCCUCCUCCCCCUCCUCCCCAAUGGGGCCAUGAACACGCCAGCCAUCAUACGCAUGCGACUGCAGCGAUUCCGCAAGCCUCGUAUCCUCCAGCCUAUCCUCCGCAAAGCUACCCCCCGGUUCAUUACUCCCCUCCGCAGCAAGUCCCCUACGCGCCACCACCUCAGCAUUAUCCCUAUGGUGCGCCGCCGCCGCCGAACCCAUCUCAGUGGAAUGGAUCGGUACAGCCGCACCAGGUUGGUGGCCGACCACAUCGCGGCGGCUAUCAUGACAAGGGCCCAAGAGGAAUGGCAGCGCCUAGACCCCCAAUUGGUGGCGGCUACGCGCAGCCCUACCCAUCUGAGCUACAUGGUCAUCACCCUCCUCCGCAACACUAUCCCUAUGGACGGCCUCCCCCGCCGGCGCCGCAUUCAGUAUCGCACCACAAGGACUCGCAACACGGGCAGUACCCGCGUCGCGGCCGUGGAGGGCACAGGGAUGGCGGUAAUCGUGGCCGAGGUGGCCACCACAACGACAGGCGUCAUAACAAACCCACCAAUCAAACUCCUACCCAGCAUAAGAACAACUCUGCAUCCCUGGGUAAGAAGAAGAAACGCAAGACGAAUACACUUGGCUUGACGCCUGGCAUGGAGUCGGAAUCCGAAGACGACGAGGGGGAGGAACAGGCUCUCAGUGAGCUAAUAGGAGAAGAAGCACUGAGCAUCCAUGACGUCGCUUCUUUCCUUGCAGAACGUCGUAAAAAUUACCCCACGAAAGCUCGUACUGAGGCGAAAAGAGCCGCUGCGCAAGCGCAAAGGAAGGUGGCUGAAACAGCCUCCUUAAAGAAGGAAGCAGACAAGCUACGCAGGCAGCUGCGCAAAGUAGAAUCCUCUAUAAAGCGAAAGCGAGAGCAGGGCGAUGAAGGCGAUGAGAUGCGUGGCGCGUCUGAUAACUCAUCUGACGACGAACCCCCCGAGACGCUCUCCACGAAAGCCUCGUCUACUACUAUCCCCAGUCGACCGCUCCCUUCUGCUUCCGGCAAGAAGGCAGACGUCACCAGGCACUGCAAAUACUAUUCUACGGGUGGUACUUGCGGGAAGAAGGGCAAGUGCCGCUUCGUGCACGACCCGGAGAUUCGUGAAGCUGCCAUGAAGGAGCGAGAGGCCAACAAUGGCCGCUUGACUAUUCAGCAGCGAUUGAUUCUCAAUGACAAGGAGCAAGAAGAUCUGACGGUACUGCGGUCUAUUCAGUACCUGCGCCAGAAGGGCAUCAUGUCUGAGGCACUCGCUGCGAGUGCGGCAGCCUCAAAGGGUACCAGUGACAAGGACAGAAUUCAGGACAACAAGGUGAAGGAGGAGGUGAAGGAGGAUGACAAAAUCGCGGAUCAAGACCCGGGUCCGCCCCUUGUCGUUUCGUCUACUUCUCCAUACCAAUUACCGCCGCCCCCGACAUCGCAGUCGCCGUCAACUGUCAAGGAAGACUCGGUUUCGAGUUCGACACAGGUUGUGUUAAACGGCCAAGGCCAGUCCAAUGAGGAGGUCGACCUUGACAGCGGUGAGCCAGAAAAUACCAAGCACUAUGAGGGCUGGCUCCUCCAACCAUAUGGCUCCUCCAACAGCAAGGGAAACAACGUUGCGCCGUGA